AUGAGCAGACGUCAGCACACAGACGUCUUUUUGAGCGGUAACCAGCAGAGAAAGAAGAAAGCUGGUUAUCAACCUCCCCGUCUCCUGCAAGAGGAGGUCCCCUACAUGUCACACAUGUAUCACAGACAGAAAGAAGAGCAGGACCCCAGGGAUGUCGUGACUGUCACCAACCCCCAGAAUAGGCAGUACACCUCAGACCAGAGGGGGCGGAGUCUGAGGGACCAGGUGGCGUCUCUCAGACACAACCUCCAAGAGGAAAAGCAUGAGAAGGAUCUGCUGAGGCGCCAACUGACCCAACUGGAGCAGACGAUUAAGAUCUCAGCAACUGCACAGAGCAGCAUGCAGAGUCUAAAGAGACAGAAUGAGAGCCUGCAUGAUAAACUCCUCAGUAACAAGGAUAUCUUGCAACAGGAUCUGAGGUUCGCCAGAGAUGAUCUAGAGAAGCAGAAGAGAAACAAUGAAAGGCUGAUGGGUGAAGUGUCCUCUCUGACAACCGCCUUGGAGGAGGAGAAGAGCACUGCCACCAAAGCUGAGAGUAAAGUGCAGAUGUUAAAUACAGAGAGACAGGAGCUGAACAAAACAGUCUCCGUCUUGACAUCUGCUAUGAAGGAGGAGAGGAGGAGCUUUGUGGAGUCUCAAAGAAAAGUGAAAAAUCUUGAGACACAGACACAGGGGUUGAAAAGUCAGGUCUCAUCUCUGACGAGUGCUCUGGAGAAGGACAGGAGGACUCUUGUAGAGACUCAGAGUGAAGUGCAGAGGCUGGAGAAAGAGACACUGGAGCAGAAGACAGAAGUGUCCUCCCUAACUUCUGCUCUGGAAGUGGAGAGGAGCACUGUGUUAGAAGCUCACAGCGAAGGGGACCUGCUGAAGAAGGAGACAUUGGAGUUGCAGAAGGAGACACUGGAGCUGAAGAAGGAGACACUGGAGCUGAAGACAGAAGUGUCCUCUCUGUCAACUGAUCUGGAGGAGGAGAGGAGCACUCUAAUGGAGGCUCAGAAGAACAUGGACGUGUUGGAGAAGGAGACGCUGCAGCUGCUGUCUGCUGUGACAAAACUCAGCCUCAGAGUGGCGCAGCAGGAGCAGAGUAUUCAGGAGCAACGGGACUUGUCCACGAGUCAACAGCAUGAACUCCAAACUGCUGUGGCUAAAGCAGAGAGACUGUCAAACAAGUUCCAGUCUGAGGAGAAGAGGAGGACACUGCUGGAGCAGAGAAUAGAGGAGCUUUCUAGGACUCUGACCUCUUCAGAGGAGACCAGCUCCACUCUAAGGCAGGAGAAGAACCAGCUGCAAGAAGCAAUGGCCGUGAUCGAGCAGCAACGACAGGAGAAGCUCCUCCAAAAGAAUAACAGGAGAAGAGGGUGGUUCUUAUGUGGCUCUCAAGGAGCUUCCAGCCAAUAA